AUGAGUGGAGACUUAUGCAAAAUUCAAAAAGAAAUUCCGCUUGAAGAGGUAGAAAAAAUAAUCAAAAUCGAUAAAAAGGAACUAUUAAAGUCAAGAAAUGAGAUUAAUAAACUUAUCAAGGAAGAAAUUAACUUAGGUACUCUUCCACAAAAAAUUGUCCUUGUUGGCUUUUCCCGAGGAGCUUCGAUUACUUUGACAACUGGAUUAGUUUUUAAUAUUCUUUGGGAGAAGCAAGACGACGUUGUUCCUUAUUGGCUUAUUGAAAAGAGUUCUAAAAUCUUAGGAGUAAAACCCAAAAGUUAUCCAUAUGGUCACGAUUUGGGCGAGGAAGCAUUUAAAGAUGCAAUUAACUUCUCUAAAAAUGUUUUCUUAGAGAAAGAAAUAAAUUUUGAUGAUAAAGAAGCAUGA